AUGCUUUCUUGGAAAUCAUUUCAUCAAUUGAGUGUUUUGCGUUGCCCAUGGAUUUUUAUUUUCCUCUCAGUACUCCCAGUUGUUUAUUGUAUGAAAUCAGAAGUCAUUGUGCCAAAUACUGAUCUUGAUCUUUCCUCUGAAGUUCGCGAUUAUAAAUCGAAUGAUACUAUGAAAGAAGUCAGUCCGAUUAGUGAAGGAUUUAUUUUGCUCUCUGAUAAUCGGAAAAAACAAGCAUCAUCGAAUAUAUCGACAACUCCAUGUAAAAAUACAACGAAGAAAAUGACGACGAAAACAAUGGCAGUCAUGGAAGCAUUGAAUCAUACGAUGAAUUCAGUUGAAAACUAUUCACUUCAUCAUCGAAAUCGACGACUGUUGAAUGAGGUCAGUGAUGAUACGAAGACUGACACAUUAUCACCCUCAGUACAGUCGGUAAUGAAUGAUGAUAUUGGCGAUGUCGGCAGUUUUCUCCGAGUUGCUGACGAUGAUCAAUUGGCUAAACAAUUGAUAAAUCUUGCGGUUACCGUUGAUGGGAGUGGAUUCACCACCGAAGAAACAUCAGAAGCAACAUCAACAUCUACUAUUUCGACAAUAACUGUAUCGUCGUCAUCGAUUAAUACAGGUUCGUCAGAAUAUGUGACUUCAGUAAGCACGUCGGUUUCAUCUCAAGAAACAAUCACAUUAACGCAGUUAAGUACUGCAAGUCCCGUAUCAAUCGCUAUGACUACAACUGAAGAAGUGACAAGUGAAACAGUUAGCGGCGUCACACAAGAAACAGUUCGAUCAACGCCUGCGAUCGUUGAAGAUACUAGUGUCAGCAUGACCUCGGAAUCUUCCACCACUGCUAUUGCAACUGAAUCCACAGGAACCGUUAUGCAAACAGGUAGUAUGGAGACCGACACGUCAACGACUACUAACAUCCAAAUCACCUCACCAUUCGCCAGCGCCACAACUAGUACUACUAGUACGUUAACAUCAACGACUGAAACUUCACCAAGCGAUACAUCAACCAGCAUAGCCAUACAGACAGGAACCACGGAACCCACCUCAAGUACUACUGUAACAGCUACCGACAGUUUUCCAUCAUCUACCACUUCAGCUACUACGGGUGCUUCCGGUAUAACCACGCAAAUCACUGAAACUAUCACCAGUAUCAGCAGCGAUACGACAUCAUUGGUAUCCGUAGCUGUAAGCACAAACGCCACCCCGCAACAUCUCACAACCACCGAAACAACGAUCACAGAAACCUCUCUAACCGGCACUACUCCUUUCAACACGACUCCAUCAAGCAUCACCACAAAAACCUCUACAACAACCGUCGACACAGGCAGUUCCACCAUAAGCACACCACAACUGACAGGUGCUGAUAUUUCAACAACCAUAGCUGGAACAGAAACUGACACUUCUCUAACAACCGCACAAGUCACCGCCACACAGUCAUCCACUACUAGCAUCGAUACAUCUAGCGACAGCUCCACAACCACGGUUUCACCCACAGGCACCCACAUAUCCGCGUCGACCAUAAGUUUGGACACAUCCACUUCAACCACGACACUGCCAGUCACCGGCACCGAUAUCUUCUCUACAAACACCACUCUCAGUAGCGCAAGCUCAACACCCAACAACGAAGUGACAGGAACCGAAAUGCCCACAUCAUCAAUCACUCUGGGCACAGGUAGUUCGACAACAAUGACCCAGGGUACUGGCAGUUCCACCACACCAGUCACAGUGACAGGUUCCGAAAUACCUACAUCAUCAAUCAGCCUCGGUGCGGACAGCUCGACAACAACCACUCAAGGCACUGGCAGUUCGGCAACAACCAUCCAGGGUACUGGCAGUUCCGCCACUACUGUUCCAGUGACAGGUUCUGAGAUACCCACAACAUCUAUCACUCUUGGAACAGGCAGUUCAACAACAACCACGCAAGGUACCGGCAGUUCCACCACAACAGUUCCAGUGACAGGUUCUGAAAUGCCUACAUCGUCUAUCGCUCUUGGAACAGGUAGUUCCACAACGACCACACAAGGCACAGGCAGUUCAACAACAACCACCCAAGGUACUGGCAGUUCCACGACUACAGUUACAGUGACAGGUUCUGAAAUGCCGACAUCAGCUAUCACUCUCGGAACGGGUAGUUCAACAACGACGACUCAAGGCACAGGCAGUUCGACAACAACCACCCAAGGUACUGGCAGUUCCACCACUACAGUUACAGUGACAGGUUCUGAAAUGCCGACAUCAGCUAUCACUCUCGGAACGGGUAGUUCAACAACGACGACUCAAGGCACAGGCAGUUCUACAACAACCACCCAAGGUACAGGCAGUUCCACCACAACAGUUCCGGUGACAGGUUCUGAGAUACCCACAUCAUCUAUCCCUCUCGGAACAGGUAGUUCCACAACAACGACUCAAGGCACUGGCAGUUCGGCAACAACCACCCAAGGUACUGGCAGUUCCACGACUACAGUUACAGUGACAGGUUCUGAAAUGCCGACAUCAGCUAUCACUCUCGGAACGGGUAGUUCAACAACGACGACUCAAGGCACAGGCAGUUCUACAACAACCACCCAAGGCACUGGCAGUUCCACCACUACAGUUACAGUGACAGGUUCUGAAAUGCCCACAUCAUCUAUCACUGUUGGAACAGGCAGUUCGACAACAACCACUCAAGGCACAGGCAGUUCGACAACAACCACCCAAGGCACUGGCAGUUCCACCACUACAGUUCCAGCCACAGGUUCUGAAAUGCCGACAUCAGCUAUCACUCUCGGAACGGGUAGUUCGACAACGACGACUCAAGACACAGGCAGUUCUACAACAACCACCCAAGGUACAGGCAGUUCCACCACAACAGUUACAGUGACAGGUUCUGAAAUGCCCACAUCGUCUAUUACUCUUGGAACAGGCAGUUCAACAACAAUCACGCAAGGCACUGGCAGUUCCACCACUACUGUUCCGGUGACAGGUUCCGAAAUACCUACAUCAUCUAUCACUCUCGGAACAGGUAAUUCCACAACAACCACCCAAGGCACUGGCAGUUCGACAACAACCACCCAAGGUACUGGCAGUUCCACCACUACUGUUCCGGUGACAGGUUCUGAGAUACCCACAUCAUUUAUCACUCUUGGAACAGGUAGUUCCACAACGACCACACAAGGCACUGGCAGUUCCACCACAACAGUUCCGGUGACAGGUUCUGAGAUACCCACAACAUCUAUCACUCUUGGAACAGGCAGUUCAACAACAACCACGCAAGGUACCGGCAGUUCCACCACUACUGUUCCGGUGACAGCUUCUGAAAUGCCGACAUCAUCUAUCACUGUUGGAACAGGCAGUUCGACAACAACCACUCAAGGCACAGGCAGUUCGACAACAACCACCCAAGGUACUGGCAGUUCCACCACUACAGUUACAGUGACAGGUUCCGAAAUGCCGACAUCAGGUAUCACUCUCGGAACGGGUAGUUCGACAACGACGACUCAAGACACAGGCAGUUCUACAACAACCACCCAAGGUACAGGCAGUUCCACCACAACAGUUACAGUGACAGGUUCUGAAAUGCCCACAUCGUCUAUUACUCUUGGAACAGGCAGUUCAACAACAAUCACGCAAGGCACUGGCAGUUCCACCACUACUGUUCCGGUGACAGGUUCCGAAAUACCUACAUCAUCUAUCACUCUCGGAACAGGUAAUUCCACAACAACCACCCAAGGCACUGGCAGUUCGACAACAACCACCCAAGGUACUGGCAGUUCCACCACUACUGUUCCGGUGACAGGUUCUGAGAUACCCACAUCAUUUAUCACUCUUGGAACAGGUAGUUCCACAACGACCACACAAGGCACUGGCAGUUCCACCACAACAGUUCCGGUGACAGGUUCUGAGAUACCCACAUCAUCUAUCACUCUCGGAACAGGCAGUUCGACAACAAUCACGCAAGGUACAGGCAGUUCCACCACAACAGUUCCAGUGACAGGUUCUGAAAUGCCCACAUCGUCUAUUACUCUUGGAACAGGCAGUUCAACAACAAUCACGCAAGGCACUGGCAGUUCAACCACAACAGUUACAGUGACAGGUUCCGAAAUACCUACAUCAUCUAUCACUCUUGGAAUAGGCAGUUCAACAACAACCACCCAGGGUACUGGCAGUUCCACCACUACAGUUACAGUGACAGGUUCUGAAAUGCCGACAUCAGCUAUCACUCUCGGAACGGGUAGUUCGACAACGACGACUCAAGGCACAGGCAGUCCUACAACAACCACCCAAGGUACCGGCAGUUCCACCACAACAGUUCCAGUGACAGGUUCCGAAAUACCCACAUCAUCCAUCACUCGUGGAACAGGCAGUUCAACAACAACCAUCCAGGGUACUGGUAGUUCCACGACUUCUGUUCCAGCGACAGGUACCGAAAUACCCACAUCAUCUAUUACUCUUGGAACAGGCAGUUCAACAACAACCACGCAAGGUACCGGCAGUUCCACCACAACAGUUCCAGUGACAGGUUCUGAAAUGCCCACAUCGUCUAUCGCUCUUGGAACAGGUAGUUCAACAACAAUCACGCAAGGUACCGGCAGUUCCACCACAACAGGUCCAGUGACAGGUUCCGAAAUAGCUACAUCAUCUAUCACUGUUGGAACAGGCAGUUCGACAACGACGACUCAAGGCACAGGCAGUUCUACAACAACCACCCAAGGUACAGGCAGUUCCACCACAACAGUUCCGGUGACAGCUUCUGAGAUACCCACAUCAUCUAUCACUCUUGGAACAGGCAGUUCGACAACAACAACCCAAGGUACUGGCAGUUCAACCACAACAGUUACAGUGACAGGUUCCGAAAUACCUACAUCAUCUAUCACUCUUGGAACAGGCAGUUCGACAACAACCACCCAAGGUACUGGCAGUUCCACCACAACAGUUACAGUGACAGGUUCCGAAAUACCUACAUCAUCUAUCACUCUUGGAAUAGGCAGUUCAACAACAACCACCCAGGGUACUGGCAGUUCCACCACUACUGUUCCGGUGACAGGUUCUGAAAUGCCCACAUCAUCUGUCAGUGUUGGAACAGGCAGUUCGACAACAACCACUCAAGGCACAGGCAGUUCGACAACAACCACCCAAGGCACUGGCACUUCCACCACUACAGUUACAGUGACAGGUUCUGAAAUGCCGACAUCAGCUAUCACUCUCGGAACGGGUAGUUCGACAACGACGACUCAAGGCACAGGCAGUUCUACAACAACCACCCAAGGCACUGGCAGUUCCAGCACUACAGUUACAGUGACAGGUUCUGAAAUGCCUACAUCAUCUAUCACUGUUGGAACAGGCAGUUCGACAACAACCACCCAGGGUACUGGCAGUUCCACCACAACAGUUCCGGUGACAGGCUCCGAAAUACACACAUCAUCUAUCACUCUCGGAACAGGUAGUUCCACAACAACGACUCAAGGCACUGGCAGUUCCACCACUACAGUUACAGUGACAGGUUCUGAAAUGCCGAUAUCAUCUAUCACUGUUGGAACAGGCAGUUCGACAACAACCACUCAAGGCACAGGCAGUUCAACAACAACCAUCCAGGGCACUGGCAGUUCCACCACUACAGUUACAGUGACAGGUUCUGAAAUGCCGACAUCAUCUAUCACUGUUGGAACAGGCAGUUCAACAACAACUACCCAAGGUACUGGUAGUUCAACCACUAGAGUUACAGUGACAGGUUCUGAAUUGCCCACAUCAUCUAUCACUCUCGGAACGGGCAGUUCGACAACGAGCACGCAAGGUAGCGGCAGUUCCACCACAACAGUUCCAGUGACAGGUUCCGAAAUACCUACAUCAUCUAUCGCUCUCGGUACCGGUAGUUCCACAACAACCACCCAGGGUACUGGUAUUUCCACGAUUACAGUUCUGGUGACAGGUUCUGAGAUACCCACAUCAUCGGUCACUCUCGGAACAGGCAGUUCAACAACAACUACCCAAGGUACUGGUAGUUCCACCACUACAGUUACAGUGACAGGUUCUGAAGUGCCCACAUCAGCUAUCACUCUCGGAACGGGUAGUUCGACAACGACGACUCAAGGCACAGGCAGUUCUACAACAACCACCCAAGGGACUGGCAGUUCCACCACUACAGUUCCAGCCACAGGUUCUGAAAUGCCCACAUCAUCUGUCACUCUCGGAACAGGUAGUUCCACAACGACCACACAAGGUACAGGCAGUUCAACAACAACUACGCAAGGUACUGGCAGUUCCACGACUACAGUUCCUGUGACAGGUUCCGGAAUAACCACAUCAUCUAGCACUCUGGGAACAGGUAGCUCGGCAGCGACGUCACAAAGCACUGGAAGGCAGACGUCGAGUUCUACUACGACUAGUGUGACGACAAGUUCUUCCACACUAAGCACAUCGUUGACAAGUACAGCUACAACGGCGGUUACAUCGUCGUUUAAUACUGUAUGCGGUUGUACGAAUGCAAGCGUUUCUGAAUGUGUUCUGGUCCAAAAUUCGGGUGCUGUUUGCAAUGCCAGUACAAGUGGUGUGCAGACAAUCGAAACAACAUGUUCGUGCAAUAACGGAAGUCGGGCAAUAGUGAGCAGAAGUAAUAUUAGUUGCAUCCCAACUUGUCCUGUUACUGAAACUGUUCUGAAGAAUAGCGUGAGUCCGGUGAAUCUUCUGAUGCGUGUCACGCCUGUGGUGUUGCCAUUUCCAUAUCAAUAUACUAACGAUGCACUCAGUCACAAAGUGGUUUGGGUCACAGACAAAGGAUACAUUACAUUGGAUAAACCGUUGUAUGCUAUCGAACCAACGGAAAAUGGUCUACCAGAGACGGCCUAUAUCGCACCUUUCUGGACUAAUCUGUUGUACGUAAAUGAAACGACUAGCAUCAAAUCUGUCGUCCAUAAUGGUUUGUCUGCUGGUUCGACUAUUUCAGCAAAAGUUAGAAAUACAGUUGCUCGGCAGAAUCAAACGGAUGUUGUCGACGAACUCGUAGUCUACCGUGUUGUAGAAAUCGAAUGGGACAAGCUAGUUACUAGUAUUUAUAGCAGCAACACUAACACAUCGUCAAAUUCUCAAGAUCUUGUUUUCAAUGCAUAUUUAAUUAACGGACCUUCAAGUAACUUUACCUUUUGGAAUUCGUAUCUGCGAUUUGAGUAUAACAUCAGCAAAGCUGUAAACAGUUCUAACUAUCAGCCAAUCAUUAUCGGUGCGUGUUAUCGCAAUGAAAAUGAUACAACGCAUAAAUCAAGUGUUUCAUUUACAAGUCAAAUCUUGGAUUUCAUCAAAGAUGGUAAUGAUGUUCGAACAUAUUUUCUCAGCUCAAGAUUACUAAGUACAUGUGAGCAAUGGUAUUGGAAAUCAUAUACGGAUGUCAUAUUUAAACGAGCUGUGAAUCUGACGAAUGUCAAACGAAACCCAUGUCCUUGCUCAUAUUCUCAAGCUUUAUCGGAUUUUCGAUUCUAUAAAUUAAAUAGUGAAAAUCGUCUGGAACGCAGUAAUAACAUUGCCUGUUUCGUUCCUCUGAAUAUUUUCCUACCACAAUCAUCUGAUAACUCAGCUUACCAACAAACAUGUUGUUACCAUACGGUAGAAGGAUCAUUGGUAACAUCGGGUGAAUUUGCUGGGUCAAUUCUUGACCAAGCAGCAUUAAUAUCAUUACGACCUUUAAUUUAUCAGCCACAACGUAUUAAAGAACGCGAUUAUUGUUGUAUUGCAAGAAAUGGAAGUAUCGAUUGGUCUCAAUGGUGUAAUUUGUAUUACGAAAUUCGACCUGCAAGUACUUGUGAUGGAUAUCAACCACCUCAACAAGCUUGGUUUGGCGGUGAUCCACAUAUCCAAACAACAGGAAAUGCAGGUUAUACCUGUAAUGUGUACGGUUCAUUUAUUUAUGCUCAAACAACGGCAAUCGCUAAUGCCACAGCGAAUAGCAAUGUUCAAACGAAUUCAACGAUUAUAAAAGAUUUAGUUAGCGAUGAUCUAUUUUCAAUUGUUGCUCGAACAAGUAUAACGACAGCUUUACUACGAUCUAAUGAAUUUUACAAUAAGACGAUCUCAUAUUUCUCGUCAUUCUCACUCUAUCUCGGAUGGAAUAAUUCAGUUAUUAUCGAUGUGAAUAUUGAUUCAACAGCCACAUAUCAAUUCAAGGUGAAUUAUUUAACGGCAAAUGAUAUGACCAGACGAAAUCCCUUCAAUCUAUCUAAUGAUUUCGUUGAGUAUUUCUAUUAUCCCACAUCCACGACGAACUCGACAAACUAUUUCUUUGCAAUUACCAAAGAAAAUCAAACGAUAUCAGCAUCUACUUGGAAUACUUAUAGUACAACUGGUCAAAACGUAUCCGUACAAGCUCAAGUACCCAAAUUAACAGUUACAACUUGGUCUGGUUUGGCAUUACAAUGCUAUCUCAUAACGAAUAAUAUGGCGUGUACGUUGUUAUUGCCGGUAAAAUAUACUGAUAGUGUCGAAGGUCUCGCUUUUGGUAAUCAGAUAGCUAAUGAUGAUCAAUAUUGUCUUAAGAAUUCAGUAACACUCAAUGGCGCUGAACAAUUACAAUUGAAUCGAAGCAAUCUCAUGAAAUGGUUUAACACAUCUGCAUCAAGUACUUAUCGAAACUAUAUAAAUACUGUGUCAUGUUCUUCUACGAGCUCAUCAACACACGACUUUUGUGUACAAGAUACAUUACUUUCUCAGUCAUCGCUCCUGGGACAGCUAACUGUGAAAAGUUCAACCGAUUAUACAACGGCUAACACUGUUCUUAGCACUAAUCCUCCAAGAAUAACUCUAGUAGACGCAACGUCGAUCGACACACCAUACACAUAUUUAUUAUCAAUACCACAUAACAAUACUUUUCAAAAUUCAACACUCAAUUAUAUAAACGUUACCAUUGAUUUAAUCUCAUCAGUUCUAGUCCAAAUACGCGAAACAAAUACAAGCAUUCCAGUCAAUUGUAUUGACAAUGGUAUAUGGUAUUCUUGUCCUUUUUCGUAUACGAAUACAAAUAAGAAUCUUCUUCAAUUAACAAUUAUCGCGACGAAUCUUGAUGCAAGUUUAACGACUUACCAGAAGAUUCAGUUGAUCGUCAAUGAAUGUGUAUACGGUAAUCCAGUUCGAAAUAAUCCAACGAUUAUAUCAUCAGCAGUUCAAGUUUUAUUUUGUGUUUGUGAUACAACCGCAACAGGUGAUUAUUGCGACAAAACUAUUAGCUGUACUGAUAUGACUGCUUGCCGUUUGAAUUUUAACUCGAACGUAUCUUGUGUUGUAAAUAUAUCAGCUAUUACAAUGAAUACUGGACAAGCUCCAUAUCAAUGCAUGAAUAAAGUCACAAACGUACCAUGUACAAAUACAACAGACUGUUGUCGGCAAGGUUAUCAAUUUAAUGCUGAUGUCCAACAAUGUUUGUUUCGACCGGUGUGUAAUGAAACUAUAUGCGGAUUAAACAAUACGUGUCAAAAUUCAGAAUUGCAAUCGAAUGGAUAUAUUUGUAUAUGCAAUGGCUCAACAACUUUCGAUGGUACAACUUGUGUUCAAAAGAAAGUCUGUGAUAAUGCGGCAAAUUAUCCUGGUGGUUUUAUUCCUUGUACUGGUCAAUUCGAAGUAGCUGUUGAUUCGGGAACUGAAUGCAUAUGCCAGUGUCAAUCCGGCUACACUAAUUCAUCCGGUGUUUGUACAAGCAUAUCAGCAAAUGUCGUCUGUGAUAAUACAACUUAUAUAUGUCAUAAUAUGUCUGCACCAAAUGACUUUUUCUGUCAAUUUCGAACACAAGUUUAUAAUAUUAGUACGAAUUCAUGUCAAAGUAUAUUUUGUUCAAAAUAUUGUCAGUAUGGUAAUUGCUCUGGUAACGAAAAAAGUUAUUCAUGUCAAUGUCCACCAGGAAGAACAUUGAAUCAUGCACUAAACUGUGCUGUUUGUGACAACGGUUUAGCUGGUCCGAAUUGUUCACUGAUAUGUGAUUGUGAAUUCGGUGAAUGUAACGUCAAUGCCACUGGUGAAGCAGAUAAAUGUAAAUGCGCCAAUGGUUACACAGGAUAUCGAUGUGAUCGAUAUAUCGACUUUUGCAGUCCAAUUAAUGAUACUUGUAAUACCAAUAGAACAAAUCAAAUUUGUAAAUUAUCACCCACAAACACGGAUCUAUCGAAUUUGCUGGCAGGCUACAGUUGUCUCUGUCAAUCUGGUUAUGAACGAGUAUCGAAUAAUAGCGCUUGUAUAGAUAUUAAUGAAUGUUUACUUGCAUCGAUGCAAGAAAAUAUCUGUCCGGAAUCUACGACAACAUGUGUAAAUCUCGAAGGAUCGUAUCGUUGUGAUUGUCUACCAGGCUACAUAAAGAGUAAUAGCAUAAAUACUGAUGCCUGCGUCGAUAACGAUGAAUGUACGGCGAAUUCAAGUGCAUGUGCGGCAUACUCUAAUUCAUAUUGCGUCAACCUCGUGCCAUUUUACGAAUGCCGUUGUAAUUAUGGAUAUGCACCCAAUGGUGACUAUAAUCAAAUAUAUACUGCAUUGAAAAAAAAUCAAACAUGUCAAAUCUAUGAUCAAUGUGCCGCUAAUCAUAUUGAUUGUGGUGGAGGAAAGUGUACUAAUAGUACCGAUAGGUCGGCACCAUUACCAGCCUGUUACUGUGACAGUCCAUUACAACUUGUUCGUAUUUCUACCAACAAAUAUGAUUGUAUCUGUGCAGCUGAUUCAUAUUACUACAAUGCAGGAGUGUGUACUCCUCGACCUGAUCCAGGCCAAGGUCUUUCUGGAGAAUCCCAUUUCCGUAUAACGAUUAGUUGUGAAAAUCAAUCAACUAUCUUAGAUGAAAUUCUGAAACAAUUCAAUGCAACUUUUGGAUACUCAUACAAUUUAGCAAUUACAAACAGUUCACUUGGCUGUGAUGAAACGGGUUAUAUUGAUGUUACAUUUGAUCUAAGAACGAAUGAUAAUAUAACUAUACAAAAUAAUGCUUUUGAAGUGUUAACAAAUGUAACAAACAAUCUCAACUUAAAUCUUUACAGUGUUGGUAAAUGUAAAAAUAUCACAACGUCGCUCACCAAUGUAACCGGAUGUUAUCUAUAUAAUUUAUGUGAUCUAUGCGGCACUAAUGCUGGACGUGGAGUUUGUACGACAGGAUCGACUGGUACAGGACGAUGUCAAUGUUUUGUUAAUACAGCUAAUCCAUCGUCAUCGGCUACUGAUGAAUUUUGUUAUUCAACAACCACCGAACCGACGCUUUCCACGUCAUCACCAUCAUCAAAUUGGACACCGAUUAUAGUUGGUGUUCUGGCUGGUCUGGCCGGCUUAUUCUGUGCGGUAACAUGCUGUCUAUUAGCUAUUGCCGCUUGGCGUCGACGACGACAUCCCUAUGAUCCAGAUGAGUUAUUAGUUCGUCGUAUAUGGCAUUUACCACGCGCUCAAGUACCUAAAGAAGUAACAGCUGAGAAUGUUCGAACAUACAUACAAAGUCAAUCGUCGGUUAACACAUCAACAAGUGCGCAAGAUAGUGAAACAUACAAUAGUGAUCGUUCAACGUACCGUACGAAUUAUGAUCCCAACACGAAUGGAACUGUGACCAGUACGUUUUUCAAACAAUUGGAUCAAGAUAUGGGUCCAAGAUUACGUGCAACUAUGACAAGACCUAAUACAAAUGCUAUGCUUGCUAGUUUACCAACGGCAACAGCAUCAUCGACCACAACAUCAUCAUUUACAGCAUCAACCUCAGACAUAGAUGAUCCCAUUCACGAACUCGACGAUGUGAUACUCGAUGAUGAUAUUGCAAUGACGUUUCAUGAUCCAUUAGACGAUCUUUUUCAAGACAACGAAAUGCUUGAAGUGAUAAAUCCAAAUUUAAAAUUACCACGACCACAAGUGGAUUCUCAACCUACGGGUCUCUUCUCAUUUUUCACUCGACAUUAA